AUGAAAAAUGGAGACGUCCAUGGUCUUGCCGAGGAUUUCUUCCUGCAGUCGAUUAAAGGCCCUCGAGCCCUCGCCAUGCAUCAUUGGAAUGUUGACGUCGAAGAUGCCGAGGAGGCAGUAUGCCUUGUCUUCGAUCCGCGUCGUGUCCCGCGCAGCUGCCCAGGACAUUCGCUUCGCAAGAGGAAUAGACGAUAUUGGGCUGCUCCCGUCCAAAACCCAUCGGCUGAUGCCUGUAAUGGACUCAAUGGUACCACACAGAUCAAGCUUGCUUCCAAUGCUGUUCCAGCCUUCAUCAAAGAAGAUGAGAUUGGUUGGAGCAAUGAGCUCCUGCAAAGUCCAUCCCCUCGUUCACCAUCUGCAACUCCCAAGGGCAGACAGGUCCGUUUCUUGACUAUCCUUUGGCAGGUCGGACAGGAAACCAAGCACACAGUAGAUUUCUUAUACCAGCGAAACAUGGAAUUGAUCGCCUCCGAGAGCUUGGCGCUGGAUGAUUUAUCGAUGCAACAAGUAUCUACCCAAAUAUACCGCACGCCGCGCGAAUCUUGGCAAAUCCAGCCUUAG